AAUUUAUACCAGACACUCGCUUGAUCUUAGAGUGGCGGGAGGUGAGAUGAGCAGCGCCCUUGCCAUUCAGCGCCGUGGUUCAGUGCUGCGUGCGUGACUGGAGGACUUCAUGGCAUAUUUUUGACCCCGAAGCUGUGACGCCGCGACCACCAGAGGCAUAAAGCCGCAACCGAAGGAUGGACAGACAAAGAGCAACCCGUCCAAGAGACACAGAGAGCGCCUCAAUGCAGAGCUCGAUAACCUGGCUGGUCUCCUCCCCUUCGAACAGAACAUUCUCUCCAAACUCGACCGGCUGUCCAUCCUCCGCCUCUCCGUGUCGUACCUGCGGACCAAGAGCUACUUCCAGGUCAUGAUGCACGGAGGAGGAGGAGAGAAGACGGAGGGAGAGCCACAACACCUGCACCCAGCGAGGCACAGGGACCUAAUUACCUACGACCACCAGGUUGCUUGAUGGCGAGAUGUUCCUGCAGGCGCUGAACGGCUUCCUGGUGAUCCUGGCGUGCGAAGGCGAGGUGUUCUUCGCAACACACAACAUCGAGUCCUACCUUGGCUUUCACCAGAGCGACAUCGUGCACCAGAGUGUCUACGAACUGGUGCACUCAGAGGACCGGGAGGAGCUGCAGCGCCAACUCAUGUGGAACUCUCACUUGCCACCGGACCAGUCGCAGCUCACCCUACAGGAGGCGCUGCACGGGGACCAGGUGGCGCUCGAGAGGAACUUCACCGUCCGCUUCAGAUGCCUGCUGGACAACACCUCUGGCUUUCUGCGGCUAGACGUGCGGGGGAAGAUCAAGAUCCUUCACGGGCAGAACCGCAAGACGGAGGACGCGCCCCUGGCCCUGUUCGCCGUGUGCACACCCUUCGGCCCUCCCUCACUGCUGGAGCUGCCACAAAAGGAGAUCAUGUACAAGUCUAAGCACAAACUCGACCUAUCUCUCGUGUCGAUGGACCAAAAAGGCAAGAUGCUGCUGGGCUACAGUGACCUCGAGCUGGUCAACAAGGGCGGGUAUGACCUCGUCCACUACGAUGACCUCGCCUACGUCGCCUCAGCCCACCAGGAACUCCUCAAGACGGGCGCGUCGGGCAUGAUCGCUUACCGCCUACAGACGCGGGACGGCAGCUGGCAGUGGCUCCAGACCUCCUCCCGUCUCGUGUACAAAAACUCAAAGCCGGACUUCAUCAUUUGUACACACAGGCCGCUCAUGGAGGAGGAGGGGCGCGACUUGCUGGGGAAGCGGACGAUGGACUUCAAGGUGUCGUACCUGGACCCCGGCCUGACGCAGUCCUACCUGUGUGACUCUGAGCUGCCGCAGCUGUACGCCUCCCGCAUGAGCCGCAAGUACAAGACACAGCUGCGGGAUUUCCUCACCACGUGUAAAAGCAGGAGAAGCUACACCAACCUCUCCGACACGGCCUACAACAACUACAACAACGUGUACAGCGCCUCGCCCUACGCGACGGACAACGGCCUAUACAUGCAGCAGAACCUGGGCAACCUGCAGUCCCUGUACCCCACCAGCUACCUGCCCGCCGACAACCUGUUCCACUACCGCCAACUGGGCUCCUACUACCCCGACUACAUGACGCACGGGUACGUUAGCAACGGCUACGUGGACCCACCCCGUCCCUGCCUCGGUUACGACGUCACCAAGACCGCCGCGGACCAGAAGCUGUACUGCGCGACGCAGCUCGACGCCUCCAAGUACCAGUACAAGCCCACGGACGCCUAUUCGGCCGUGUACGGCACCAACACGGUGUUGCCCUCCCUGGACCACAAGUACACGGACCUGCGGACGGCGGAGGUGCGGCGGGACGACCCCUCCGCCCUGGCGUCCCUGGGGGCACUGGCCGCAACUCCCGGCGCCACGAGCAGCGUGGUGGUCAGCAGUCCCACCAGCAUCAGCCACAAGGAAGACACCAAAGACAGCGUGGAGCCCUACCCCAACAACACCCGCCAGACGGUGCUCAUGUGGGGCUCCUCCUCUCACGACUACGACCCCAACAAGAAGUACGGCGAGGCGCCCGUGUCCGUCCGCACCGUCGUCGUUAGAUCCCAGUUUAAGCGGAGUUGCCUGCAAGUGGGGUACCCGCCACGCCAGCGUCCACGCCGGGCGCCCGCAGCAGCGCCGGCGGCUCUCCUCACGGUCCGGAGGGCUCCUCCCCGCACGGGGGGCCGCCAUCGGCGCACUCGGCGCAUUCCGCCGCUGUUGCCGCCGCCACCCCGCCUCCUCAGCCGCCCACGUCGGCGCAGGUACCGUGGCGCCAGCGGGUAAGGCUGCGUACGGCUACAGUGAGGGCGGCGAGGGAGAAGGAGGAAGUGGCCCUGUGUGGGAGUCCAGACGCGACCUCUGACCCGCCACUCCUCGCCCAGUCCUGAGAGCAGCUGGUGACCCCGCCCAACCAGAGCCCGGUGCUGGGGUCAUUAGAGAUCAUGACCCCUUACCUCCUCAUCGCGGACUUGGGGUCACUGCAGCCUAUGGUCCCGCAAGCUCAAAGCCCGGUUGUAGGGUCCAUGCAGCCCAUGAGUCCCCCAAGCCCACAGCCCCAUCAUGGAGCCACUGCAGCCCAUGGCCCCGCAAGCCCAGUGUGCGGCCAUGGAGACGCUGCAGCCCAUUCAAGCCCACAGCCCGGUCGUGGGAUCGCUGCAGCCGGGGACUUCCCAAACCUACAGCCUGGACAUGGGGUCACUGCAGCCUACGACGUCCCAAGCCCAAAGCCCGGUGACCUCUCAAGACCAAAGCCUGGACAUGGGGUCACUGCAGCCUGCGACUCAAGCCCAAGCCCACAACCCAGCCAUGGAGACGCAUCAGGCCGUGACCUCCCAAGCACAGGACCUCAGCAGCGAGUCCCAGCAAGCGGAGGUCCAGCAGGCCCUGAGUCCUACCAGCGGGGCGCAGGCCAUCCCGGAGAAGCCCAGUGAAAGUACGACCUCGCAUUUCCCAAGCCCUGGACAUGGCACCGAGUAGCGCCUCCACUAGAGACACGAUAACUCAUGUCCUCCAGCCUCCUGACGCCUGAAGCUCGACGCCUUCUGAUCCUUUGCGUCUCCUGGUGUAGCCUGUCCAUCUUCGUCCUUCAGGGAGACGCAGAAAGGGAGGAAGAGUCCGUGCGCCCUCGGGUUGUGAAAACCGACCAGUACCUCACUAUGUCACAAAGGAAAGGACCGAACAAAUGACAACACAAAGGACAACUUGCUCUGAUGCCCCAUGGGAAGUGACGGGCGUGCCGGGCGUGACGGGGAGGAAGGAAAGACCCUGUGAACUUCUUCAGGAGGCGCAGCGAUGCUCCGGGACUCAAGGCAAGGGGCGCGAGGCCUUGACGCUGACACUCUAGUAAGGGCGAGUGGCGCGGGACUACAGACGGUGCAGGAGGUGGCGCUGUAGUACUCUGGGUUUUUGGCGAGGUAGGCUGAGCUACAGACGGUGCAAGAGGAGCGCUGCGGGGAGGCUGCGGCGGUGGCCAGGCGGGGAACCUUCUCCACCCUUCGUACCUGAGCGAGAGGGCGCCAGGGCGGGUCGCCGGGCUUGUGGCGGGACGCGUGAACUCUCCUGACGGCAUUUUGCAUCAGGCAGCAUUGGAUCGUUAGGUAUUUACAGGGUCAAAGAAAUUUUAAACGAUGCUAAACGUUUUAAGUGUAGGAUUAAUUCCAUAGAACUGCGUUUGAGUGAAGUGACCGGAGGUGUUCUCUGACCUCAUCUUUUAAGAGAAUUUUUUUUUUUUAAUGCAUUAUUUCACAAGCGUGUCUGGCGAACGUGCGUUGUAGUGUGUGGCGUGUGUCUGGCCGCCCAGAGGAAGGAAGGCUCAAGAAGGACCCUUGUGGAGGAGACACGGGGACUCGAGUAGAAAACGGGAAGAGAAAACGAAGAAAGGGCAGGUGAGAGGAGACAGAGGUGAGGCGUGUGUUCCCGAGGCCAGCAGUCAGGGAAGCAGUCAUUUAAUGAAACUCAAGGACGAUAAGCUGGUGGGGUGAGUAAGGCGUCGCUGGUGUUGUGAGGAGCGAGGAGUUCAGAGUCUGUCCGCUUCUCACGCCUCACCGCACGGUACUGAUCAGGUGAAGUGUUGAGAGGAUGAAGGAAAGAAAGAAGCCGAAUUGUGAAAGAUAUUAUAAUUGUUACCGUAAGGAUGAUAUUGUUAGGCGGUGAGUGGCACGGACGUUCUCUCUCGGGUGGUGUGUGCGUGUGCGUGUGCGUGUGUUUUCCAUUUUUAUUUUUUUUUCUAUUUUACUGUACAUAGGAACAUUCGUUGCAGUGAGUGGACUUGCAAAACACAAAUAACAGAAUCUGGUUUUUAGUGUAAAGUACAUUUUUUGAAGUGCUUUAUCAUGCAGUGUUGCUCUGAGCUUUAAAAGGAAAAGAAAACAGUGGAUAGCGAACUUUUUUUUAUUUUUUGGAACCUGAGAAAUAAGGCUAAAGAGGAACAGACGAUAAUAAAAGAAGGAAUACAAAAAAAUAAUAAAACUUGUGCUAUUGAAAUAUGAGUGAGUGAGUGAGUGAACUAGUGUGACGGAAGGAGGAACACACACACACACACACACACACACACAACACACACACACACACACACACACACACACACACACACACACACACACACACACACACACACACACACACACACACACACACACACACACACACACACACACACACACACACACACACACACACACACACACACACACACACACACACACACACACACACACACACACUUUCCCUCCUCCGUGUGGUAUCCAGAACUCACAACUGACUACGUAUCACUCUAGUCAUUGCUAAGUUAAGUAUCGCUGGCCGAGGCUCCGCGGCGCCCAGUGAAAAGUGAAACAAAGAGACAAACAAAAAACGAGAAAAAAAUAAAAACACAGAAAAUGAACGAAAAGGAGGGAAAAUAAAGAAAGUACCUGAAAAAGAAAGGGAAAAGAAAAAAACGAAGAAAGUGACCUGAAAAGAGAUAUAAAAGAAGAAAAAGAGGAGAACAGAAAGAGAAAAAAACACAAGGAAAUGCACACACACACACACACACACACACACACACACACACACACACACACACACACACACACACACACACACACACACACACACACACACACACACACACA